AGAUUGUGAAUUUACGGAUGGAUUUUCCUCAGCAGAAAGCCUUAUUUACAGCAGAAAAGAUAAUUGACGAGAUUGAGGAACAUGAACAUUUGCUGCAAAAAGAACUUCUGUGGAAAGCACAGGACAUGCUGGAAAUGGCAAAACAGUCCUUAUACAAACGAGAGAGAGAGGUAGCUGAACUUCUACAGAGCGAGAGUGGACACAAUGAAACAAUGAAACCUCAAAUCACAGUUACAACAUUACUAAACACUCUUGUGAGCAAGGUCCACACUAUAUAUUGUGAUGUACCUGAGGCACAACAAUGCAUUAAUCGGCUUAUUGAGAAGAAUGAUGCUGAAAGGGCUAAUCGGAAAGAAGAAUUUAAUAAUGCGCAGGCUGACAUUCUGUCCUAUAAAGUUAUUUAUGGAAAUAAACCUACGGAUUACAAAAGGGAACAGUUUUCAGCGAAGCUUUCCAGAAAUCUUGUGAAUGCAAAGUCUGAAUUGGAAUAUGCUGAAACAGAGAAGAUUGCAUUGGAUUGCAUCCAAAAGGGGGAAAUCCCAGACUGGAUUAGCAAACAUUGUCCAUAUUUAACCUUGACAGAUUCUUACCAAAAAAUGUAUGCUGAUGAGAAAAGCCACCUUCCAGAUGAAGUUAUGCAAACACUCAACAGAAAAUCACAGGAUGCUGACGAGACAAAGGACCAGAAAGGGAUGCACUAGCUUUGGGCAGAGGCCCCCAUCACAGAUGAGGAGGUGUUGUGUGGAAAGGGUGGAGCAGAGAAGCACAUUAUGAAAGAGCCCUGGAGUGAAAACUGAUUGACAGAGUGGGCAAAACUUUCAAAAGCACUUAAAUGACGCAGAAGCCUAAGUCCCAUUGGCUUUCAAUGGGACUUGGUUCCUCAGUCACUUGGGUGCUUUUGGAUUUGUGACCCCAAGUUUAGAAGCAUUCUACUAUAAUUUUAAAAAAUCUGGCCUGAACCCGCA